AUGAAGACCAUCAUGGCAGCCAAAUCCCCCCACGACACUUCCUUCUCCUUCUCGAGGAGAUACUUCCAUUGGAAAAAGAAAGCCUUGGAUGAAGACGAUGACAACGAGGAAGAAAUCCUCAACUUCUCAACUUCAUCCUCACACUGCCUAGAUGACAAACACGAAGAUUACAACCACCCCCAUCACCACCUCACACUCCAAAUGCCAUCACAACAUGCCACAAUCACCACCACCCCACUGGAAUAUAAGAAAAAACCAAACUUUUCAAAGUUCAAGUCAGCCCUCACAGUCUUCACCAAGCGUACACACCACCCCCUCGGCACGCGCGUGGUGGGCACCCUCUUCGGCCACCGCCGCGGCCACGUGCACUUCGCCUUCCAAGAAGACCCCAAGGUGGGGCCCGCAUUCCUAAUCCAGCUCGCAACACCCACAAGCGUCUUGGUUCGUGAAAUGGCCUCAGGGUUGGUGAGAAUCGCGUUAGAGUGCGAGAAAAAGAAGAGUAACAAGAACAACAACAACAACAAUGGUUUAAGAUUGUUGGAGGAACCUGUGUGGAGGACAUACUGCAACGGAAGAAAGUGUGGAUACGCGAGCAUGCGCGAGUGUGGGCCUGAGGAGUGGAAAAUACUGAAGGCCGUGGAGCCCAUAUCGAUGGGGGCAGGGGUUUUGCCGGUGGAGGGGUGUGAGGAAGGGGAGGUGAUGUACAUGAGAGCAAGGUACGAGAGGGUGGUGGGGUCCAGAGACUCUGAGGCCUUCUACAUGAUGAACCCUGAUGGGGGUGGGGGUCCUGAACUCAGCAUUUACUUGAUCAGAGUUUAA